AUGUGCCAAGCGCCCGCCGUUUAUAUAUCUAUAUCACACGCCACGAAUAUAUUGACACAACCGACGGAUAUUCUUUAUGGAGUUUGCAAUACACAAAUCGGUCAAGAUAGUCAAAUAGUAACAACAAUUGGCACAAACAAGUGUCAAUAUCUUUUUAAUAAAGGCGUUAAAAAUAUUAUUGAUAACGAUUUAACAACGAAAUACGUUAAUUUUGGCCAAGGAAACACAAGUGACAUAGUAGGUGUUGGUACCGGGUUUAUUGUUGUACUUAGCCGUGGUCCGGCUAUUUUACAAGUUUCGGUUGAAGGUAGCACAGUAACAGAUUUAAAACGAUUAAAACAUCGGAAAAAUUGGAUAUUAAUCUAUACUGGACCAAACGGCUGUCAUCAUCGAGGUGAAAACCUAGCUCGUCAUAGUUAUUGCCCAGUACAAUUUAUUCAUAGCAAUCGUUCAUAUACGAGUUACAGAGUAAUAAUUCAAUCACAACGUUCAGCAGCAAACAAUGUACAAUAUUCAGAAGCACAUUUAUUAGGUUAUUUUGUAGUUAUUCGAAAUGAAUUAUAUUUAGCAGUAUCUAUCUUAGAUGCACAAAUAUGUGUUAUAGCAAUAGUUCGAACUCAGAUAGAAUCGAAAGAGAUACUUAAUGAAGAAGAGCAGAAUAUGUGCAGCGGUCAGGUAUAUCGUGCACUUUCUCAGUAUAUGAAAGUUGUCAUUCUUUGUUCGAAAGAGCAAUGGAUAAUAACAACCCCCUCAUACGAUGUACACUGAGUUGUGUUGCUUGUCGCGCCGUAACUCUGUCUUUCUCAAAGGAAACCACCUGACGAGACCCUUAAUAAGGUCGAAACCAGCCGUGGAUAUCUUCUUUUUGAUUCUAUCAGAAAUGAGUUCUAUCAGAGUCCCUAGUAACGGAGAACGCGGUUGUAAAGCAUCAAAAUUGUAGUUUAUCAAGUCUAAUUUUAAGGAUACCACCCUACUUUUUCGAAAAAAAACAUUUUUUUCUGUUGCUGAUAAAUGUGCUUUCGACUGUCCUUUAUCACGUGGACAUAAAACUUUGUCGCUAGGGGCUUUUUUCUCCUUCCUACAGAGCUCGGAGGUAUAAACCCCACUGGGAAAAUUUUGGACGUUUUCAAAACUCGUGGAAUAUAGCGAAAUUUCGUACCGAAUUCAAAGCCUAUAGGUAAUCGAUCAUUGCGUACCCGAUGGGCAUGUGCAGAAACAUGUUUAGUAUAUGUGAUAGCGGAUGCCGACAUAUUUUAUACUACAAAAUGCAGUUCGAUGUGGUAAAAGUGUAUUUUGUAGUAUAAAAUAUGACAGCAUACGUUAGCACAUAUGCCACACAUGUUUCUGCACAUGCCCACUGGAUUGGGGAAUGAUCGAUUACAUACAAGCUUUUCACUUUAAGUAACAAAUAUGGAAGGAACUCCGCUAUCCUACAUUUCGUAGGUUUCUAUGUUUUUAUGUUUCUCACAUUUUCCCAUUAUCGUGUAUUUCACGAAUUUCUAGGGCUUUUAAGGCCAUCUAGCUAAUCAAGACUAUUUGUCAUUACUCU